UUUGGGAUGGGUGAAUUUUCAGAUGAUGUUGUUGUUCUUUCAUACAUCAUCAUAACGCACCAAACGUACAUGUAUGGACCAUUGAGGCUUUACAAGACUCUCCCAGCCACGUUAUAUCCGUGAAUAAAUGAGGAUUUCCAGGAGUUCCAAAAUGACAAUGUCACCAAAUGGGGAUCAAGAGAGAGAAGACAUAUGGAAAGUGUAUAUUCCACACAAGCUGUUGAUGUCUCCUAGUGGAUUUUUAUGUGGAUUUCUUUACCAUGAAAGAUAUGUUGCAUGUGUGACAGCAGUAUCAGCUGAAGAAGUAGUUAAACAGCUGGAGAGUAACAAGGAAAAUUUGCAGUGCCUGGGUUACUGGCAUGCCAGUCAGGAAUUUAUGGACAGAUAUGAAAAUGCAUUGAUGAUGAAUAGCAAGCAGGAACAGAGUACUAGCACUGUAUGGAUGGACAUUUACAUGUCAGAAGAGAAUAGCCUGGCAUGCAGUUUUAAAAAUCUGUCAUGCAACAAGAAGAAGCCAUCUGAAAGACUGGUGACUUGUAUUUUGUAUAAUGCAGCUGAAUUGCUGUCAUCACAUUUCUUAUGUGAUGAUGGAAGGUGCUCAAGUAUUUCAGAUGUGGGCCUCACCAGUAUAGAAAUUUUAGUCUACUUCUUAUACCAAUAUCGAAAAUUGGACUUGACAGAAACACUGAAGACAGACUCUUAUCUUGGACUAAUUAAACAUAAGUCUGUGCCUUUUGGUCAUCAAGUCAUCUGGGUUAUAUCCACUUUCAUUUGCUGGCUGUAUUUUGCCUUGGGAAAAAUAUUGAAUUGUCGAUUGAUGAAUCAUCGCUAUGCAAGAGCUAUCAUAAAUCAUAUGGCAUUUCUACAUCAGAUUGAAAUACGUUGUUUGCAAGUUAAGAGAUCAAGAGCUAUGUCAGAAAGAGAGCAUAUGCAGAAAAUCCGGAUUUUAAAUGUUAACACUCAGCUGAUUCUUGAUAUGAUGUUUGGAGUGAUUUUCAUGGUGGUGCUCAUGUGGAGUGGUGCUACAGAGACUCUUGCACAGUACAUCAUCACAUGGGCUGAUAGUGUUGUAGUUUGGUUAAACAACUUGUUGGACUGGUUAAUGGGAGUUCCUGCUGGGCUGAAACUCAACAGUCAACUUGACCAGUUUCUUGGGAGAUUCUUUCAUUAUCACAUCUACCUCUGGACAGGGUAUCUAACUCUUCUAAAACCAGUGCUAGCUCCAUUACUGUGGUAUUCCACCAUGGUGGGUGUCCUGGGCCUCAGUGCACAACUCUGCCUUCUGCAAGAUAUUUUUUCUACACUUACCAUACAUAUCUACUGUUUCUAUGUAUAUGCUGCAAGGUUAUAUUGUUUUCAGCUAUAUGGUUUGUCAUCUCUGUGGAGAUUAUUUCGUGGAAAGAAGUGGAACGUUUUGCGUCGUCGGGUAGAUUCAGCUCCAUAUGAUGUAGAUCAGCUGUUUGUGGGCACCCUGCUCUUCACCAUUCUCCUCUUCCUCCUACCCACAACAGCUCUGUAUUAUGUGGUGUUCCUGGGGCUUCGUCUGUUAUUGCUCAGUCUGACAGGGGUUGUCUCUAGGACAGUCUCCCUGAUCAACUCUCUGCCUGUGUAUGGCCUUCUUCUCAGGCUCUUCAGGUCAAACAGAGUUACAGGUGACAUCAUGCUGACAGUGUUACCAAAUCAAACCAGAGGCCAUUGUUUGUUUGUGGAAAUGAAGGCAAUACAUGUUUCGUUUGGUCAUGUGGUGAAAUUACUUCGAGAGGACAGUGUAAAGAUUAGUCCACAGCCUCAGUAUACAUGGGGGAAUCUCCUGCACAGGAUGUUUAUUGGAGAGCUGAUAUAUCCCUGGGUGGAGAGGGCAGCCAAAUCAGUCAAGACCUGACAGCAAGCAAAGAGAGUAGAAACAUAUACUCAUAAAACAAUUCAGACAUCAAAUCUGGUGUUGAACUCCUGUGGCAUUCACCUGGUGAAUUUUUUUUAGAAAUACCAUUCCACCUAGAGAUGUGUAUUAUUUCGUUUACAGUUAUUUUUCUUUAUUCAUGUCUCCUUGUAGCAGCCUGGUUCUGUUAUGUUUAUGUAUACUGUCUGGGUAGUUGACCAGCACUUGGACUAUUCUCUUUCUGCAGAGUGCCUAGGGAAGAAAUAUGAAGAUGUGAAUAUUAGGUCUUAUGUCGGAUUGAAACAUGGAUGUAGCCACUGUCUUUAUAACGAGUUCUUGAGAUAACAGGAGGAAAAAGCAUCAAUCAUUUAUAAAAUAAGACCAAUAGAUGAUAAGGUCAGGGUUGAUGCAGUUACUUGAAUGUAUUGGCAUACAGUUCUAUAUGUGAUGAUCUUGUGUAUUCAUUGAAGAAGUUGAGUUAUUUGAAGAAGUGUCCAUGAAUCCUGUUAUUUAAAUGCAAGGUUAAGAAGAAAGAAGAAAUGUGGAUGUAAUCAUAAAUUUCAUAAGUAUGUUUUCUUUUCAACGAUUGAUUGCAAGAUAAUAUACAUCUGUAUAGGAAACUCCUGAAAUAAGGCAUGAAGGAGAAUGUAAGUGUAGGCCUAUUCAUUAAAGGCAUUUGUAUGACAUUAUUUUAACACAAUUUUUUGUGAGAACGUGUUGUAACUGGCAGAUCCAGAUGGUCUGCUGAUGUUUUGUCACAUUUUGGAGGAGCACUACAUGCAGACCAUGAAAACAGUAUGUCAUCUAAUCUGUCUCAAAAAUCCAUAAACGGAGAUGCCUUCGAAAGGCUAUUUCUUAUUUGCAGAAGUUAAAAUUACAGCUGGACUUCAAAUGUUACAGCAACAGCAGAUGGGAAAGAUGACGGCAGCAAUAAAACGAUCUUGUAAGCCGCUUAAAAUGCAGGAAGGCAUAUCGGAAACUUGGUCCCUGCUUCAGAUUUCUCUUACACCAGCCAUUGUGUAGUAAUAUGUGCACAUAAAAACUUCGCAACAACAGUGAUAUAGAGGAUAGAAUGUCUUAAGAAAGGCAUGGCAAAGUUAAGCCAGGGACGCUUACACUUUUAUAAAUACUAUAAUAAAAAUUCAACAUUUUGACAGUGGCUGAGGAGGGAAAGCAGUUAUAAUUGUAUAUUCUAACAUUGUCAAAAUGCUGAGAAAAUGUUGUUAACUAUAGCACUAUCGUAAAUCAACACUUUGAAGUAAUAUGCCCCAAACCUUCAGGAUGCAUUUCACACAAGAAAUCUUCUAAUUUAUCAUUACAUGGCGUGACAUUUCAAAAUGAUGGCAGUAACAUUUACAGAGUUUAGCAUGUUUUGUCAUUUUAACACUUAAAAAUGUUAACAUUUAUCUUUUGAAAUAGCAUACUGAAAGGCCUACUGAACAUUUUUAAAUCUGCAUCUCGGUGUCGAAUUUAAGGAAACUUAGUAAUAAAUGACAAUGUUAGUAAGACAGUUAAGCCUCCACAGAAGAACCAUUUUAUAUUAACGAACUGUUAACAACGAAAUUAUUGUCGAUGAAUGAACAGUGUUCACCUGUCAAAUGCAUCAUUCCAAGACGGAAAUUCAGAUGUGCAUGGGAUUAAAAUGAUUUUAGCAUUAUUUGGUAGUUUCCUUUCUUGUUAGCAGCAGUAAAGACUCGGCUGUAGUAGUCCGGUAUGACUUUAGUCUUUGUUCCGAUCUGGUCAGUUUUUCAUGACAGGUGUUUCGUUCUCUUAUUAUCUAACGGGCAAAGAUACCUUCGCUUUCCCUUUCACUGCACUUUAUUUAUUGCUCAACCACAACUGUUCUAAUGCCACUCUCACAAAGAUUCGUAUAUUAGUUCAAUUUCUCUGAAGAAUUUUUUCAUACAUGGCUUUGUUGAGGCAUAUACCUUUAUAGUUGAGAUUAUGACCCCAUGGAGCGACCGGAUUUACAAGGAGAGUUACCAGAAAUUUACCACAGGCAUUGUAUAGAUGGGCCCUGGUCAUGGUGGUGUAUAUCCUAUAUAUAGGUCUAAGAGUAAUCCUUGUUAAGGGGAGAAAACUUGCGUUUGAAACAUCCGUAGCCAGUCAGUCGUGGUUCCGUGGUGCAAACUAAUGAGAUAUAAGCAGCAAAUUGUUCGUUAAAAUGGUCAUUUAUUUUCUCCUAUCCGCGAGAGUGACUGGUUUGCACUUUUGAUGGAAUAGCACAAAGAGUUUCGGUGCAUGUAUAUAUAUUACAUAGCGUAAUGGGUUUUUUAAUAGGCCUACUGAUUAUAGUGCAGUGGUCGUAAAUGUAUGUGUACCCUUGCGCGCAAGCUAACCAUUUGGCUGUUAUCCCGUGGACACUAAACUGUAGAGUACAAAAUAAUGUACAUGUAUAUAUGGCGUAACGUUGAUGUAACAUUUGUUUUGACCAGAGUUCCCAUAUCGGAGUAUACAUAUGCCUGCGUGUGUGCAUCUUGUUAUCUCCCUUCCUUACCUCGACGAUUACGCAUACUUGCUUUAAUCUUGAUUGAUUUGUCAACCGUCCCUUGACUGUCUGCUUCUGUGUGCAUGAAGCAGGAGCAGAUCAUAAUGUGCAAUUAAAGCUUAACCGGAUUAUGUGUAGGCCUGGCAGUAUGUCACAUGUCACCCAGCUCAGACUGGAUGAACCAUACAAACGAAUUCUACAUAUGAUGAUCUAUUUUAUUUGUUACUUUUAGCGUAUAUAAAAAAUGUUAUACAUUUCCUUAAUUAUAUAGAAAUGUGGUUGCUUAAAUGCAUAGGCUUAUAAUUAUCAGUGAAGUUGGUGACAUUUAUGAUGAUCAAAGUAAUCAUUUAUAAUUUAAUUUUAUAAGUUUUUCAAAUGGAAAGUCGAGCCUUGAUGCCAAGUCACAUUUCUUAAACUUCAACUAUUUGCAUUACUUAAUGAACGUGAACGUGUAUGGAUUGUAUGAAGGUUUCUUUUCCAAGGUCUACUCAAUAAAAACAACAU